CCUUCGACGCAGUUGACACGAAUCGCGCGCGACUCGCUCUUAGUGUUUUCCAGCAGGAGCAGAAAUCCUGUAGCUGAAGCUGAAGCCCAAAAGCCCCAGCAGGACAUCAGCUGUGCCAGCAAAAAGGAUUCUUGCAGCAGGCUAAUGGUUAUUUGUGCAGUGUGCUAAAACUAAAACCAAAAGCAAGCAGUUGUUCACCGACUGCUAAACUAAACUAACUUAAUUGAGUCAAGUGUAUAAACUAAGCCAAUAAGAGAUAAAAGUGCAAACCUUGAAGGAUAAUAAAAACGGGAAACGAUCGUUCGUCACAUGAGUUCCAGUGGCGCUGGCCCAGAUAUUUGGCAAAAAUAAAUGUGCACUUGGACAAGCGGCAGGCGAACAAUGAUAAUUAGUUUGUUCGGGUCCAACAACAAAUAGCUGUGCAAUAUAAAUUAAUUAGAAAAUAUUUCGCGUAACACAGCCGCAAUUUGUCAAGGGAAAGCGCACACAUUUGCUCCUUGCGGUCCUUCGCUCGAUUUCUAAUUAGAAAGCUCGAAAAAAAGCUGAAAAAAACUGAAAAACUGGAAAUACUGUAAAUUAAACAAAGCGGCAAAGCGACUAUGCAAAGUAUGUUGGCGCUUAACCAAAUAAAAACUUAAAACGGGCAAAAGUACAAAAAAAAAAAGUACAAAAAAAAUAUAUAAACGGAACAGCACUUUGCAACUCUACAGCUGCAGUAAAUUUAAUAACAAAGCCGGCGAAAAUAGAGGAGAACUCCGGAACCUAAAAACUCCACAUCAUACGCGCCGAGCGCGGAACAAUGAAAAUAAUUUCGCGUAGCAUACGUACUGGCGCCUUGGCCCCGCCCACCACCACUGCCCACGUCCACGGCCACGCCCACGACACUGCCACUGCCACCGCCACCGCCAGCGGCAUCAGGAAAAGCAGCCAGCGACGCAACCGCGCUCCGCUCCAAAUGAAUUGCCCCAUUCUGAUUGUAAUUAGCCUCGGAUGGCUGCUGCACGCGCACGCCGGAAGCGGCGGGUUCGCCGUCGAGGCCGCCAUUUCAAAUCGAGGCAGCAACAGCCGCUCGAUGAGCAACGUGCAACAGUCGGCGGUGGCACCCUCCACGCUGGCCGCCACCCUGCCCCGCUUCCUGUCCAGAGGACACACCUACCGCGCCGUCGUCGGGGACACGCUCGUCCUGCCCUGCCAGGUGGAGAAUCUGGGCAAUUUCGUCCUUCUGUGGCGACGGGGUACAAAUGUGCUCACUGCCUCCAACAUUAUGGUUACAAGGGAUGAGCGCGUAAGACUGAUAGAUGGUUAUAAUUUAGAGAUAUCCGAUUUGGAGCCUCAAGAUGCCGGGGAUUAUGUUUGUCAAAUCAGUGACAAAAUAAAUCGUGAUCAAGUGCACACAGUUGAGAUAUUGGUUCCGCCCAGUGUAAGGGCCAUUCCCACAUCCGGACAACUGCAGGCCCGCAAAGGAGGACCCAUUACGCUGGAGUGCAAGGGAUCUGGUAAUCCGGUGCCAUCCAUUUACUGGACCAAGAAGAGCGGCGCAAACAAGUCGUCAGCCAGGAUCGGAGACGGACCCAUCCUGACCCUGGAGAAGCUGGAGCGCCAGCAAGCGGGAGUCUACCAGUGCACCGCCGACAACGGAGUGGGUGAUCCGGUCACAGUGGACAUGCGGCUGGAUGUGUUGUAUCCCCCGGAUAUACAAGUGGAGAAAUCCUGGAUACACUCGGGCGAAGGAUUCGAGGCGAAGCUCGUUUGCAUUGUUUUCGCUGAUCCAGUCGCAACGGUGUCCUGGUACCAAAACUCAUUUCCGAUCCAAUCGACGGACAGGCGCAUCAUGGCCACCAGAGCCAACCGUCACAUGCUCACCAUCCGCCACAUCCAGCAGGAGGACUUUGGCAACUACAGCUGCGUGGCGGACAAUUCGCUGGGUCGCUCCCGCAAAUACAUGGAGCUCUCCGGACGUCCCGGCGCCGCCGAGUUCUAUUCACCCAAGUGGGGUCGUCUGCCGGACAGCUACAAUCUGACCUGGAAAAUCGAUAGCUACCCGCCGUUGGAGGAGGUCCGCCUACUUUACCGUCGAGUGCAGAUGAAUGAGACGUACCAGCAGCCGGGCAGGUGGCACGACUUCAUCCUCACCCCGGAGCACCGACCGGCCUCGGAGCCCCUCACACACAUCAUGUCCUACACCAUUAAGAAUCUGCAUCCGGGCGGCUACUACGAGGCCAUUGUGCAGGCCAAGAAUCGCUACGGCUGGAAUGAGGUCAGCGAUAUAUUUCAAUUUGUCGUCGCCAACAGCAGCCAGGACAUUGGCCCCGAGGACGCCGAGGUGGUGGCCAGCUCCAAGUCGCGCAGCAAUAGUGCCUCCACAGGCAGCCUGCCGGGAUCCACACUCCUUCACACGGCACUCCUCCUGGCCCUGGCCUUGAGUAAUUGCCAGUUCGACAGACGCCGACUGGGCCUGGGAUAAGCGGUUCAUGCGGCAGACGAUCCUGACCUGGAUCGUGAUUGGAAUCGGGAUCAGGAUCAAAAUCAGGAGCAGCACAAGACAAGGGGAAUCACUCGCACUUAGAGGAGGAGGCAGUUGCCGGGGCAGGACGGAAACAUGGAGUGUAUAGAAAUCCAAAGCAGAAGAAUAGAAGAUUUUAUUGUACACCUAAACUGUCCACCAGUAAGAGCAAGUGAAUCCAGACCUACACCAAGCAACAAAGAAGCAGAGAGAUUGCAAACCAAAAAGCUGAACGAAUAACCCAUGUAAAUAAUUUUUCAAGAGUUCUUGUCCACGAUUAAAUUAGCACACACCCAAUCACACAUACAGCCGGAAAAUGGUUAAUGGAAAUUGCAAUUGGAGGAGGCAAAUCCAAUAUUCCACCAUUCCAACAUCCAAAGCCCACCCCCCAGUUCCAUCCCCAUGGUAGAGUAAGCAAGUCGAACUAGGUCAUGUAAAUAAGCAUUAGAUAUCUGAAUGUGAACUGCAUUUUACUUCAUAAAUGUUGGGCUGAUGCGGCCCAAUGUGCAGGAUGUGCGGGAUGUGUAUGUAAAUUAAGCAAACAUUAUAUAGUGAUAUUAUUUAGUUUCGAGCGAAACCAUAAAUAACAAAAUACUCGUAUUUGAGAUGAAAUAAAACAGAGAUGGCCACACACCCAAACACCGCAAAAUGUUAGUAUGUAAAGUAAUUGCCACGUUUCCGUUUUGAAUUCGAAUUCAAAUUCAAAUUCGGGAUCGAGUUCAUUUCAUUUGUAUUGCCACUCUUUCGAUUGCAGUUGUAGUCUUAUUUUAGCCAGUAAGCGCACCCAUAACCAAAAAGGAUAACAACGUAACAGCAAUUCAAUGUAAUGUUUUUCGAUGUAAAUUAGAAUUUAAGCAAACGUGUUGUACCACCAAAAAAAACAGAAGGAAGGCAAAAGGUCGAAAAACAUAGCGACCCAAGUAAGCUAAUAUCCCACUUAAAAUCGGAAUCGGAAUAUUAUUCGGAGUAUUUGAAUGUGAGUCUUUGCAUACAUAUUAGCGGCACGUGAAUGUCACGAGUGUCGAACCUGUAAAUAAAUACAUAAAUACGUGAAUAAUAUUGAGUGUUACGAACCCAGCAGGCAUUUUAUCAGCUUUUGCACCUUUCCAAUUGUACGAUCCGAAUCCGUAACCGUACUGUUUCAUUUAGGGCACACAAUAGAGGUCAAGGGUCACUUGUAUAUUUGAUAGGCCGCGGCCUAUAACUCGAACUCGUACACAACCUUCUGUACUUAAGCAUGUCGAUCGAUCGAACGAGGCCAAAACCAAAACGGAAACCAAAACCGAAUUCAAAAUGGGGAAUCGAGUCGAGUCCGAGUCGAAUUGAGAAGUAAAAAAGUAAAAGCGUUACAAUUUAUCUACAUAAAUGUGUAUGUGUGUGUACCUUACAUAGCCAGUUGAUGCAGGAUGCAGGAUAAAGGACGAAUCGGAGGCAUUACUACAGAUAACAGAUAUAGUUGAGAAGGGGUUCCGAAUGGGAUCCCAUUCUGAACCUAAAUACCAGUAUAAUUCAGAUUAAACAGAUAUAGCUAAGCACGUGACCGGUACGUGUUCAUAAAAAGUGAAUUCAUUAAUUACUAACUACAUAGUACGAUGCUAAUUGUAUGAUUAAUGCGCAUAAGAAACCCUAAAAUAUUCAAAAAUAAAAUAAAGCAUUAGAUGUAAACUAAA